AUGGCGCGCCUCCACCGUGCCAGGAUGGGCCAUGAGCGGUACGCUGAGUGCAUGCGCAUCCUCCUGCUCGCGGCAGUGUGCGGAGCGCUAGGUGAGGAGGACCUAUUACUCGUUUUCGGCGCAUAUUGGGUGGUGAAAUGGCGCGCGUUCCAAGAGCUCGUCGCGCCGACACAGCUAGAUGGCAUGAGGUACGACUUCAUGGAGGUGCUUGGUGGGUUCGACUUCAAGGAACUGUUGAGGUUCGAGCAGCCCCACUUCCGUCGGCUUUUGGCGGCGCUGGAGUUUCCACCCGAGUUCGUGAUUUCGAGGUGA